CAUAAACAAAACAAAAAAAAAAAAACACGAACCUCGUUUUGUUUUCAAAACGUUGGCUCGAUACGCGUCUCAUACUUUUCAAACAAAACCCACCCUUUAAAUCCAUUGUAUUCUUUCAUAACUCAAACAUUGGUGUCACAAUGCAUGUGAAAUCUGACUCCGAUACAACCACUCUCUACUACGUCCAGAGCCCAUCAAACCAUGAUGCUAACGAUAAAUUGUCAUACGGGUCACCCCCAUACGGGUCUCCGGGUCACCUGACCCACUACCAUUGUACUCCUAUUCACCAUUCUCGAGAGUCCUCCACUUCACGGACGUUUACUGCAUCUGUCAAAAACGCCGUCGUUACGGGUGCUCAUCAUGGUCAUGCUACGUGGAAGAGGAUAGAGGAUGGUGACGUGGAGGAUGAUGAUGAUGACGGUGACGGUGACGGCGGGGUUCCGUUAAGGUUUUAUGUUAUGUGGUUCGUUGUGUCGUUUGUUAUCUUGUUUACCGUUUUCUCGUUGAUUUUGUGGGCUGCUAGUGUUCCGUACAAACCCGAGGUUUUAGUUAAGAGCAUGGUGUUUGACAACUUUAAUGUUCAAUCUGGAAUGGAUGCAACCGGAGUACCAACGGAUAUGUUAACUUUGAAUACAACGGUCAAGAUCUUUUACCGGAAUCCGGCAACAUUCUUUGGUGUUCAUGUCACCGUUACUCCUAUCGAAAUCCAUUAUUUCCAACUAAAGUUUGCUUCUGGCUAUGUGAAGAACUUUUAUCAAUCAAGAAAGAGCCAAAGAGUGAUCGUGUCACAUGUUUUAGGGUAUCAAAUGCCGCUAUAUGGUGGAGUGUCUCCGUUCAAUGCCGCCAUAGGCCACCUCGAGAAUGUAAUAGUUCCUGUUAAUCUGACAUUCACGAUGAGGUCAAGAGCAUACAUUUUGGGGAGGCUCGUGAGCCCGAAGUUCUACAAAAAAGUUUUGUGUCAAGUCACAUUAUACGGUAACCAAAUUGGCAAGCAUGUGAACUUGACCGGUUCUUGCAUCUAUAGUGAUUGAUUUGUAAAAAUAGUUAUGGCUUAUUUGGUCACCUUUAGUCAUAGCAAAAUGUUAGUGUGUCUUGUAACAUUGAAUGUCAAAAACCACAAUGAACCUAAACGACGACGAAGCUUUGUUACCCUCUCUUGUGUCGGAUGUUGGAACCUGGGCCGAUCGCUGAUACGAAAACUUCAGCAAACCCACCAAUUUUAUGUAUGCUCUAGCUAGUAUACAUAGGGAGAUUUUUGAGUCUCAAUACAACGAUUGUGAGGCAUUGGUUGAUAA